AUCAGGAUAGGUAUAAUACUUCGAUCAAAGUACAUCAGAUAAUUUUCAAGGUAAUUAAGUACUGAGAUCCAAUAACAUUUUCCUCUUACCUAAUUUUUAUUCUAUGUGUAUCUACGAAUAGGUAUGUAACAGCUCUCUAGGCUUUAAAAACAAAAAAUAGUUGUUAAUCCUUUUUCAAUUUGGCCAUCUACCUGGCUGAACAUGAGGUCAUCGCGAAGCCUAUUAUUAUACAUAGCAAUUUCUGUCAUACUACAAUUAUCAUUAUGCCAAAAAUGGAAGGAGAUGGACAUCGCCCAGCGACAACUCUCCUCAUUCCUAAAUUCUACGACACCCGAACUACUAUUAAACGAACUCGUAAACGAGCUAACUCCAAACCGAUCAUCAUCACUCGAAUGCUUGAUAUUCGGUAACGAAGGCUGCCAAUUCAUCUGCAACCUGAAAUGCAUAAUGUACGGAUGCGUCAGCAACGCAAUCUGCAUUCCCUCCCAAAAGGUAUGCGAUUGUCGCGAAAUCUAUCAAAUUGGAAACGAAUACGUCAGCUCUAGAUUCUUCCGAUUCCUGCCAUUCGUCGAUUUAUGGGAUUACCGUUUCGAGCACAAUAUCGCCUCCAUCUUCGUAACCAGUGCAAUCAAAAAAGACAUCAAAUUAACCCAAGCUAUUGGUUUUCUACUACAAGAUCCUCACAUCACCGGUACCCAAAUAAAGAAUAAGAUGAUUCGAAUGUUCCCCGAAAACGAAUGGCUGUUAACUAAUUUGAAACCGAUUGUUCGGGCUAAAAUUGAUUCAUUUCUCAGUUCACGUAGGCAUUUCGACUAUCCGGCUUUUACGUACUAUUUGAACGAAUACAUUAAAGAUAAAUACGAAGAUAUUCGAAGUAAUAUUAAGAUCGAGGAAAGUAGUGGCAUUGAGGAUUACCUCAAAGAUCGAGAAAACAUCAAGUACAUGGUCAGGCAGUUGUUGCUGUUUCCUUCCGAGUACAUGAGAAAUGUCAUGGAUACAUUUAGCGCUAUUACUGGUAUUUCGUACGAAGAAGUGGCUAAUGUGACUCAUAUUGACUUGUACACAAGUCAGAAUCCUCAGCAUCAACUUACUUCUCAACAAAUCGAUGAAAUUUUACAAGCUGGAGCACUGAGUCAAUUGGUAGAAUUUAAAACGAUAUUUAAUAAUAGCGAGAAAGACGAUGAGAAUGCGAAUGAGCUGAAGACACAGACGUCAUCGUGAUACCUACUCUAUUUCACGUAUCCUCAAUGUAUGAAUCGAAAUCAAAUUAUAGUCAUCAAGAAUCGAAUAAUACUGUAUCAAUUUGGUAAAACGGAUUUAUAAAAUGGAAAAUUUCUAAAAUUAGGGCCUCAUGGCCAAGGACACAGUUCAAUCUGCUUAUCAGCGAAUGACAAUCCAGCAACAUUCAAAGCAACAUAUUCAUUUGUUACUGUUUUCCAAUACCUAUACAAUAUAUUCUUCAACACAGAAUCGCUCAAAUCAUACGAUAGAACCGAAAAUUCGGGAUUUUAAUAUUCAUAAAAUUUCAUAGCAGUGUUAAUUAUACGAGUAUAAAUCAAGAAUUGUUUCAUACAUUUUCUCGAAUUCUAA